AGAAGGGAAGAGAAACUCCUGUUAAAACAACUACAGGAACCAAAGGGAAUAUAAUUUAACUUUAGGACAGAAAAUGAAAUAGACUUUAUGAAGACUUUUAGCUCCAUGCUGAAAUUCAGUUCAACCACUUUCCAUUGACUUUAGUCUUUAUCUAAGUUGGAGUCUUUUUUGGUUAUUUUAAAAAUGAACACUUGAAUAGACAUUUUAUGGCACAUUGGGUCUGGUAAAUGGGAAUUUUCCUGAAUCUAAGCCAUGCAUUCUGAAGGCAAGAAUAAGAUGAAUACUAUUUGCUGAGGUUACAUUCUGAAUUGAGGAGGGAAGCGCUGCAGUAGAGCAGUCUGAAAAGAAUACGUCCUACAAUAUAUCUCAGUUUUGAAAGGGUUAUACAAUGUUUCACGAAGAGAAGAAGGAAGGAAGUCCUAGAUUCGGGAAACUUCAUUUUCCUGUGGGCCUCUGGAUUAAUUCUCCAAAGAAACACUUUGCCAAGCUAGGUAGACGGUGGCCUAGUGUUGGCUCCAUCAAGUCUACCUCCUCAGACACAGCAAGUCGCAGCAAUGAGACGGUGGAGUUACGUCAACCCACAAAGAAUAAAAACAAUCGUCACAAACGUCUAUCUAACAUCUUUCACCGUGGUACAAUACUGAUGACUGGUGGUAGUAUCAGUGCCGGUAGUGCAGCAGGGCGUUGGGCUAGUGAGAAGAAAUUAUCAGAGAUUAUUGAUUCAGUGCCAGAAGAUUUGGUUGAGCUUUCCAGUCAGAAAAAUUUGCCUGGUAUUCUGAAAAUAUUCGGAGAUGACAUUUCUUCUGGCACCAACUACAAAAGUGUUUUAGCUACCCCACGGUCCAUGGCACGGGAACUAGUAAAAGAAGCCCUGGAAAGAUACGCUGUGGCAGAUUCAGACACAGAGGCCUUUGUCCUUUGCGAUGUGGUAGGGCGUUUUGUAGGGCAUGAUGGUGAAUGGAAGAUGGAGUACCUACGCAUUGUUGGGGACAAUGAACGACCCCUGGUUUUACAAGAAAUGUGGAAGCCUAAAGCUGGGUUCUCUCGAAGGUUUGAAAUCAGGAGAAAGCAAGAGGUGGAGAAGAUGACUACAGCAGAAGAUAUCGAGACUGCAGGUGGGCAUGGAAUUAAUGCUCAAGCACGAAAACUACAAAAAAGUCGGUCUCGUGCAGCCUCCGGUGGAAAUGCUCCAUUACGAGAGAGGGAAGACAGCAUCUCUCUUCGUCGCAGUAUAAGUGAUAUCAACCUAAACACCAAGAAACGUAGAGAGAGGAAAAGUAUAAAGAGUAUGGUGGCUAAUGAUACGGACCCUGGUCAAGAUGGAGGGUUAAACCAAAAUGAUGGAAACAUACAAAACUCAACAGAACGCAAUAGCAGUGUAGAUUGUCCAGAGGAUUCUACUGAUCAGAUUGAUUUAGACUUUGAACGCCUCUCUCAGUGCCUAAUUCAACCACCUUCAGAACAUCCAUACUUCCUCCUUUUGCAAGGUUACAACAAAGAUGUGGACUUUAUUAUAUAUGUGAUGACCAGGAAGAAGCAUCUGUUUGGAAGAUCAGAAAAAGCUUCAAGAGACAAAGGUCCUUAUGUUGAUACCUUUCUAUCUGCUCCAGACAUACUUCCUCGUCACUGUUGUGUAUGGCGCUUGGAUUCUUCUACACAAAAAAAUAUAGUUCGAGUAAGGCCUUAUCGGGGGGCACUUGUUACUCACAAUGGAGGAGUCCUCCAAAGAGAAGCUGAACUGCAUACUGGGGACUUGUUAGGGCUUGGAGAGCACUUUUUGUUCAUGUACAAGGACCCUAGAGUAGCUCAAACACGGCCUGCUUGGCUUCCGCAGUCCUGGUCUACCUCUGGCUUGAGUGGAGCAUUUUCAUGUCAGAUGUGUGGCAGAUCACUUCAGGAGCGUCAAGAGGCUGUUCAGGCCUACAUAGAAAGCAGAGAUUUAAUCCUACAAUAUCGCUCUCAAGAAGAGGAUGCUGUACUAAAGGAGAUUAUUGAAAAAUCUGGUAACUCGAAAACUGAAUUUAAGAUGGCUCCUGCAUAUCUCUUUAGCCUUUGCAUUGAGCAUUCCACUCGAGCACUGGACCCUGGACACUUUCCUAAACUAGUAAUGAAGAUCGCCACCAUGAUAAAGGAAGUAGUUUGGGAGAAGAUUAAAGAGAUUGGAGACAAACAACCUGAAAAUCAGCAAGAAAAAAUGUUAGGGAGUUCUUUAGGCAUUGAAGAGGUGGCCUCGGACCUGCAACCAUUAAUGCUGUGGAUGGCCAACUCUAUGGAGCUUCUCAAUUUUGUACAGAGAAAGAUUCUAGACAUGGAAAAGGAAUGGGAGUCAGAAGGCACUUCACAAGAUGCUUUGCUCUCAAGUGACUUAGAAGCAUGUGAGGAGUCCAUGGCACUUCUUGAUGAGGUCAUCAUGUACACAUUUCAGCAGUGUGUCUACUACUUAACCAAGACAUUAUAUGCAGCUUUGCCUGCCCUCCUGGAGAGCAAUCCCUUCACGGAUCCAGGCAGUCUAUCAGAUGUAGGCGAGUUAAACAACAUGCCGGAAGGCACCCGUGGCACCCUUUCCAUUUACCAGGCGACACUGGAUUUAACUCGAGAGUGUGAACUACAUCCAGAUCUCGUCUCUCAGACUUUUGGCUAUCUAUUUUUUUUCUCCAAUGCUUCACUCUUUAAUACUCUUAUGGAAAAAGGCAAUGGAGAACCAUUUUACCAGUGGUCAAAGGCUGUUCAGAUUCGUACAAACCUUGACCUUGUACUUGAUUGGCUUCAAGGUAUAGGUCUUGGUGAUAUAGCCUCUGAAUUCUUCAGAAAGUUGUCUACAACUGUGAACUUGCUGUGCAUUCCUAAAACCAGUCUUUUAAAGCUUUCCUGGAGCAGUCUUCGAAGUGAGUAUUCUGCGAUUAGCAGUGCUCAGCUCAACCACUUGUUAAGGAACUAUCAUCUGGGAGUGGGACGAUCACAUCCAGCUGCUUGGGACCCCCCUGAGGAAGAAAAGGAUGAGAUCACAAACACAGACAUUUUUGAGAGCUUCACUGAUCAUCCUCCAUUGAUUCUACCAUGUGACAACUUCCGUAUGCAACUUUCCCAGCCCAUGAAUAAUGAUGCCUUUCACAAGCAGUUGUGUCAACUCAGACGGUUUGUUUGGGACCUUGAGCAGAAAUCACUGCCUGCCAACCAGAGAUCUUUAUACCGGGUCGAGAAUAGCCAGUAACAGAGCAUAACUAAUAUGGUGUUCCCAAGAAUACAAGCAGAAAAGAUUGUGGUGACUAUAUAUUUUGUGUCAUUUACAUUUUAUAAUGGACAAUAUGGAUCAGAAAAAAAUUAAACAGUUCACUUGUGAGAUGAUAGCACCAUGUUCUGGAUGUCUUCUCAUUCCAUUAUCUAACAGGAUAUAUGUAAGGUAAAACAAGAUGCUUUAUAAACUUACCGAAUGCUAGUAGCUCUUACAUUAAUUUAUAGCCUCACAUACAGACGUGGACAAAAUUGUUGGUACCCUUUGGUC